AUCAGAGUAAUAGAUAGUAUGCUUGUUAAUGGGCGUGGUAUAGCUAUAUAAAUGGUUUGGUAAAACCCAAUCUGUAAUAUUCAAUUUCGAAUGGAUUCAAGAGAAAUGAGAAUGGAUUCAGAAUUUGAUCACUACUUGGUAGAUAUGAAGCCUUAUGUGCUGAGAUUGAAUCAUAAAACUGAACGUCAAAGAUGUGCUGUUUGGAUAAAGAAACUUUGUGAACCUGUAGGAUCAUCUAAUGCAAGAAACACCCGUAACAUGUACGCAAAGUUAUUAUGGCAUAUGCUUAAGAGAGGAAUGCUUGAUGGACCUUUUUCAACACGGCCAGAGUCUGGACCUCUUAAACCAUUACCUUCCUAUAUGACAAUAUUCUUUGAUGAAACAAUUCCUUCUACUGAUUCUAAAAGAUUCUAUGAAGAACCAAGUGCUACCAGUAGUCCUAGUAAGACUGCAUCUGCAACUUUAAACUGGUUGCAUGAUGAAAUGAAAGAUGAAAAAGAAAAUGUUGAUUUUUCAACUUACCAACGCCAGCCUUCACCUAUAGAUUACAGAAUGAAGGGGUUUGACUUAACGAAUGAUACAGAUCAACCAUCAACUAGGUUCAUUUCAACUGAUCCUGGCAAAGUUACGUUUAGAGAUGAACAAAGUUUGGUGAAAAUUCAUGAAAAAGAGAUUGAAAUGAAAACCAAAGUUCUUGAAGCUCGAUUUCAUGAAGAUAAAUUGAAAAUGCAACAUAAGCAUGACUUGGCAGUUCAGAAGAUUUUGGAUCGGAAAAAUAACGAAAUAGAAGAAUUGAAAUCUCACUACAAAGGGAAAGAAAAGGAGUCGGAAGAAACAAAAAGAAAAGUGGAAAAAAGAGCCCAACAAGCUAUGAAGGAGGUUCAGAGAAUGGAGGAGAACAAAGAAAAGGAAAUUGAAGAAUUAAAAAGUUUGUUUGAACAAAAUACAAACGCCAUCAAGCUUGAAUACGAUUCCAAGAUCCAUGAAUUAACUUGUAAAAUGGAGCAAGAUAAAUAUGAUUUGCAAAAGAACCACACGCGAGGCAUCCAAGAUCUACUGGAUGACACCAAUCAAAGAUUAUCAGCCAUGGAAGAAGAUUAUAACUCACAAGCUCAAGCCACUAAACUGAUCAUAACUGAGUUAGAGAACAGAGUAGUCCAACUCACCCAGGAAACUGAAGCUUCAAUGACGGCUAAACAAACUCUGUUAUCGGAGAAACAACAACUGGAAAAUGUUCACGAGAAAACACUGACCGAUUUACAACAUUCUUCUUCAAAGUGUAAUAGUUUACUUCGAGAAUUGGAAAGAAUUAAAAGCGACCACGAAACAACUGUGACGAGCCAAAACAACAAACAUGAAGCAAACCUGGAAUUUCUAAAACAAGAAAACUCAGUUUUAACUGCAAAGAUACAAGAAGUGCAACAUGACUUUGAAGAUCAAAUUCAGAAUCUCCGACAUGCAUUACAAGAUAGUGAGCAACAGAAGUCUAGAGAUUUAAGAGAAAAAGAGUCCCUGCAUCAGCAAGAUAUGAUGAGUCUCCAACAUCUUCAUGAUAAACAGAUCCAUGGAUUAAAAGCAGAAUGGGAUGAGGAGCGUGCUCAACAUAAACGACAAACAAUAUCAUUGGAAGAUAUAAUCAAAGAGAAAGACGAACAAAUAGUUAAACAAAGCAUGGAGAAGAAACAAGUUUCAACACAAGCUGAACAAGCUAUUGAUAAUUACAAGAGACAUGUAAAUGAGGCACAACAAAAAGUUUACGCUGAUAUGAGGAAUCAACUUGAAAGAAUGGAAAGAGAUCUUGAAAAGAGCCAGGUGACGAGAGAGAAACUUCAGGAGGAGUUUAGGAAACAAAUCUCGGAGUUGAAAGAAGCUCAUAAUGAUGAGUUGAAUCGUCAGCGAUUGAUGCAGGAGCAUGAAAAGGAGGUGGAUCAUCAGAGAGCAACAUCCGAGCAUGAAAAAGUGGUCCGGGAUUACGAGCAUCAGCUCUCACAGUCGGAAGCGAGGUUGAGGGAGUCUUUGGAGGAGCAGGAGAGGAUCGCAGAAGAGCGGAAGUUGCAACACCAGGAGGCUAUAGCAAAUCUUGAAUCUCAAAUUCGUGACCUUCGAGAAGAGGUCGUGAACUCUAACUCUCUUCGUCGGCAGCAGCUCGUCGAACUUGGCCUCUUGAGGGAGGAAGAGAGACAGAAAUCAACGAAGGAACAUGACUCAGUGGUUUCGAGGUUGGAAGCUGAGAUAGAUCGACAGCGGAUGGAGAUGCAUCAACAACACGCUGCUGAACUUGAAAGACAAGCACAGAAGACGAAGACGAGGCUUGAUCAACUUGAGCAUGAUCAUCGUCAGCGAUUGGAUCGAUCUCAUGAUCGGAUCGCGGAGGCACAGAGGAAGGAGCAGGAGAUGCGGGAGACGUUGAUGUCCGUGAAGAAAGAGGUGGAGGAUCAGAUGCUGGACGAACAGAAGAGGAGAGAGGAUGAUUUGAUGAGGUUGAAGAUGCAACAUCAUUCAACUGUGGUGAAUCUACAGAAUGAGUUGGAAUCUGAACGUGACAAGCUUCAUGUUAUUCAAAGAGAUUCUCAUAAACUUGAAUACGAUCUAAGAGAUGAGCUGAUCAAAGUAAAGUUAAAAUGUGAAGAAAGACUGAACGAAACUCUUCCAAAAUCUCUCAAACAAGAUUUAGAACAAACUAUAAGUUGCUUGCGAUCACAGGUGAAGUCUUUGCAGCAGAGAGUAAAUGUUUUAAGCGAAGACGCUGAUUUUGAUAACACACUUAACUCAACACGUUCGUCACUUCGAUUGUAGAAACUUAUUUUAUAUUUUACCGUAACAGCUCUACCAGAAAUAGUGUGUUUGUAGUAGUGGAGGAAAAAUAUGACCUAAACGUAGCUUUAAAAAUUUAAAUGCUGCUGAAACAGUUAAAGGCCACAGCAACAUUUUAUCAUCUUUAGGUGUAUUGAUUGUGACCAUGUCAUUUUGUGCCAAACGUUCAGGGUUGAAUGGUUGCAUGUAUAUUUCAUUGUAAAUAUAAUCAUUGAAUUUUACACAGAAUAUGAUUUAGUUCGCUAUUAAUGUUAUAUGCUCAAAUUUUUAUCGUAUGUGUUUGCAGUUUGUUCCAAAAUAUAUAUUAUUUCUAUGCUG